UUUCUUUGGUUGCUCCUCGUAUUGUUGAAAUUCCGUGCACGCUUCUUCCUCUGUACCAAAAUCUUCCCGCUGCACUCCUCGUUCCUCCAGGUGCUCAUCAGUAAGCCAUCAAAAGCCAGUGAUUACGAUGAGGACGAGCUUGAUGACAGCGAUCAAAGCUCUGAUGGGGACGUGGAGCCGGAGGAGAAAGAUGGAGAACAAGUGGAAGAGCCGGAGAGCCGGUUCGGAGUCACGCCUUUCCUGAGUGGAGUGAUUCCUGCCGGCAGACUGAGAGCCAGGAGGAAACCUGCUGGGUGUCAGGCACAGGGACUCAUACAGGUAAACGGUAAAUCCUACAAUCAGGCCAGACUGCUGCUUGGAAACAUCGGAUCUCUGCAUCCAGCCAAUCGCCUUGCAGCGUACGUCACAGGCCGACUGCACACUCCAGGUGACGCUUCUCACAAAAACUCUCAGAAACCAAACGCUUCGCAAAAAAGCAGCCUUCCCGGAGGUCUUCAUGUGAAAGCUGGAGGCUCAAUCGUCCCUCCGUUUAUCACUGCAAGGAAAACUACGCAUCUGAAGGCAGCAGCACAGCCUCCAGCUCAGUCGUUCCAGCGGGACUCUUGGAUGAAGGGAUCCUCCAGUUUACAGCAACCUUCACAAACCUUCUCCAGCAUCAAACCGGUCCAGUCCUUCGCUUCAAGCCAUCGCAGCUCCACGUCUUCGCCCGUCUCCCUCACCGUCUCCCCGGCGCUGAAAAGCCCCAGCUUCCUGGGUCAGAGUGGGACUUACUCCUUCAGGAUCUGCCCUCCGUCCAGCCAGGGCAGCGCAGACCAGAAGCUCCCCGGCGUCUCACUGCCGGGGGGCUUCACCCUCAUUCAGCUUCCUAAACCGGAAGCUGACUCGCUGCAGUCAGAACCCCAAAGCACUACAAACACUCCGCCGCAGAAGGAAGGCGCGCUUGAUUUCAGCCGCCUGGCGGCUGAGCUGAUCGGUUUGAACAGCCGGGAAAAAAUGAGGAGGCUACUGAGCAGCAAACCGGAGGAGUCUGGAUCCUCCUCUCAGCGGAUCUGUGAGGAGAAGACGGCGUCAGAUGGGAGGAGGCUGACGGUGAAGCAGGAGGAGUCCAGCAUAGACGUGGCUUCAGAGGACUUCAGCUCCGACUCGUCAGACUACAGCGGAGACGAAGAUGAGCGACUCGUGGACGUGGAGACCGUAGAACAAAACCCAGGAACGUACAUCGCUAAGAUGAGGGAGGCUUUGCAGGACUCACGAGACUCCAGCGAUGGUUUAGGGAGGGAGCUCAGCAUCCAGGAUCAAGUGUUUCAUGAACACAGUGAGUCCGGGGACAGGAAGAAGCGCAAGAACCACUCGGUGCUGGAAAGGCAAAGACGCUCUGAGCAGAGAUUCCUGUUCGACAAACUCCAGGUCGUCCUUCAGAGCGACCCCCGGGCGCCCAGACUUCGGCUUCUCUCUCUGGCGCAGAAAGAAAUCCAACAACUGGUGAAGACCUCCAGAUGUCUGGAGGAGAGGAAGGAGAUGCUGGCUAAGAUGCAGGCUGUGUAUCUGGUGACGCUUUCCCGCCUCACUGGGAAGCCGGAGUCUCUGAUCAAAGACAAGCUGAUGCACAUCUGCGAGAGACAGAAGAGGAGAGAGAGGUCCAUGAAACUGAAGCCCUUCUUUUCCCAGCUGCUGCAGUCCAGAGCUGCGUUUCUGCAGGCCAAUCCCUCCGAGGCUCCGCUCCAGCCCCGGCCCAUCUUCAGGCCUCCGCCUCAGGCCAACCCGCCCACGCCAUCAGUCGACCACAACGUCCAGCAGGUGCUCGCCUUGCUUCAGCCCAUACGACCCAAACCUCUGCUGACACUCGUAAACGCUCCAGCGUCGCCUCUACAGCCUCGAGUGGCGCUCUCUCCGGCCCAGACUGAAGUCAGAACGCCUCCGUCGCAGGUGGAGCCUCAGCCAGGCGAACCUGUGGCCUCAGCACAAGUCAGUCCGACGAAGGUGGAGAGCAAACAGGAAGCAAAGAAGGGUCCAGACAAGGUGGCCAAGCCUCAAGCAGAGCCUGAAACAGAACCUCAAGCGGAGCCUCAAGUUACAGCUACACCUCCGGUCCCUGCAGCCAAGGGAGCCUCAAAGCCCAAAAGCACCAAGUCCCAACCUCAGCCUCCACAGCCUGUUCCCCUUCCUCUGUUUCGCACCAAGAACGGCCGAAUCAUCCUUCCUUCGUCGCUAAAGCCACUGGGUAACGGCUUCUACACCCUCAUGGUCAUGACGGCCAAGAAGGACGGAGAGGCGGGUGCAGCUAGCGCUCCGGCUAACGGUCAGCCCUCUGACGUGGACUCAUCCAAGAAUCAAGAGAAAACCUGCUCUGGGUCUGACGACAAACCUCCAGAUCCAGAAACCAGCCGCAUCCCAGAGGACAAGACUGCAUCUUCAGAUUGUGCUCCAGUCGUACCGGCCUACCCUCUGGCCAAGCUUGCCAACCUCAACAAAUCGAUCCGUGUGCCUUUGGUGGAUCUGAAAGAUGCGGAGAAAAGCCAAGAACAGCCAACGCAAGGGGUUUCGUCUCCGGUCGAGUCCGACGCUGUUGUGGCCUGUCGCAGGGGAAGACCUCGAAAGACCCGCCGUGCCCACGUGGACGACUCCGAAACCAGCCCGGAGGAGGCCAAGGACGACAAAGAUAAAAGGUCCACGCAGGUUAAAAAGACCAAGAGGAAAGCAGCGGAGGAGGAGGAGGAGGAGGAGGACGAAGCAGCUGAUCACUCCAUGCCGGCCAAACGAAGCAGAGGAAGGCCUCUGAAAAAGAAGCCGCCUCAGCCGCGGAGUCUCAGAGCUGCAGCCAAGCGAGCGGCGAGCAGCUCAGCAGACAGGAGCGCGACGCGGCCGCUAACGCGAGGCGCUUUAGGAAAAGACUUCCCCAGCGCCAAGAAACGCUCCUGGAUCGACAUAGAGAAGGAACUGGACCCCGACAUCGAAUCGGAGUAGCCCCUCGCAGCCUCCAAACACCAGCGACCUCAGCUAGUCUCACACUGGAAGCGUCGGUUUGAGCCUCGGAAAGCUUCACCAAACGUGCCUGUCCGGAAAAGCCAAAAAAGGAGCAGCGGCGCUCGAUUCGGCGCAAAACUCAGCGGAAAUUCUUUCAUGCGACAGACAGAAUAUGAAAUAGCAUUAAGUGACCUUCUGAAUGUAUGAAACUGAAAUCAGUUGUGGUGUUUUCUAUACACGUGUGUUUGCUUUUUGUUUCCCCACAAACAUUAGUUUCAGUCGCUGAUCUGUCUUAUGCAAACUAAACCGGUACAGAUCGGAUUUAAAUGUCAUCAGACAACAAACUGCUUUAACUCUGUGUCGUUUUACUGAGCUGUGCUGUCUUUUGGGAGUGUUUUUUGGGGGUUUUGUCACUAACUCAGUGGAAAUCAUUUUGUAGCUGCACUUUAAAGUUUUGGUAGAAACCACCCACGUUGGAGGAACAUUAUUGGUCUGAGUGUUUUAGUUGAUUCAUAGUAAUUAUACAUAUAAACCUGGUGUGUCACAAGCAAUCACGAUUAGCCAUAUAUUGUAUGUAUGAAAAUAACCCCUGUGAAUAUUGUACUUGUUUGUUUUUUUUUGCAUUAUGUUUUGAAACACUGGUUUCUUGUUACGUCAUUCGAAUGAAUGAGAUCUUCUGUCCUUGAAUAUUAAUAAAAGCAACAUUUAUUAUUGGAACCAGCA